UGAAUUGUAUUACCAUAAAUCACGUUACAUAUCUCUUCAAUCCUAAUUAUAAAUACGCCUCCUCUUUUCACACAAAUCAUCACUUCUAAGUUUUAUCUAUCACAUUAAGAGAAGCCUUAGUUAGGUUUAAUUUGAAGAGUUUGAAGAUUGGAAUUUGAAGCAGAUGGAUCCUUUUUAUGCACAUGGAAGAAACCAUCUCUUUGUUCCUGGUCCUACCAACAUUCCUGAAGAAGUUAUUCGCGCGAUGAACCGAAACAAUGAAAAUCAUCGUUCUCCCGUGAUACCAGCAUUGACAAAAACUUUACUUGUUGAUAUCAAGAAAAUUUUCAAAACCACUUCAGGAAUUCCUUUUCUCAUUCCCACAACAGGUACUGGUGCGUGGGAGAGUGCGUUGACAAAUACGUGUUCUCCUAGGGAUCGUAUUGUAUCUUUUUUGAUUGGUCAAUUCAGUCAUCUUUGGAUUGAGCAACAAAAACAGCUCAACUUUAAUGUUGAUGUUGUGGAAAGUGAAUGGGGUCAAGGUGCUGAUCUUGAUAUUCUGGCGUCGAAAAUUGCAUCUGAUAAAACACAUACCAUAAAAGCAAUUUGCAUUGUUCACAACGAGACGACAACUGGAGUCACAAAUGAUUUAACCAAAGUGAGAAAAAUUCUUGAUGAAUUCAACCAUCCAGCACUUAUUAUUGUUGAUGCGGUUUCUUCUAUUGGUGCUCUCGAUUUUCGCAUGGACGAAUGGGGAGUCGAUGUGGUUGUGACUAGCUCGCAGAAAGCUCUUUCUCUUCCUACUGGAAUGGGAAUUGUUUGUGCAGGUCCUAAAGCCAUUGAGGCUUCGAAAUCUGCUAAGUCGGUUAGAGGUUUUUUUGAUUGGAAUGGUUACCUGAAAUGCUACAAGUCGGAAACUUAUUGGCCUUACACUCCUUCCAUUCAGUUGCUAUAUGGUUUAAGGGCAGCUCUUGAUUUGAUCUUUGAGGAAGGAUAUGAAAAUGUGAUUUUAAGACACAAUCGUUUAGCCAAAGCAACUAGGCUUGCAGUUGAGGCAUGGGGAUUGAAGAAUUGCUGCCAAAAGGAGGAGUGGUAUAGUGCUAGUGUGACUGCUGUUGUGGUUCCUCCUAACAUUGAUAGUGGUGAAAUAGUGAAUAGGGCUUGGAAGAAAUACAAUUUAAGCUUAGGAGUUGGAUUAAACAAAGUUGCUAGAAAGGUUUUUAGGAUUGGACAUAUUGGCCAUUUGAAUGAGUUGCAACUUUUGGGAUGUCUCGCUGGUGUGGAGAUGACACUGAAAGAUGUAGGUUAUCCAGUAAAGCUUGGAAGUGGAGUUGCUGCUGCAUGUGCUUAUUUACAGAACAAUACUCCUAUUAUUCCUUCUAGGAUUUAAGUUAUUAUUAAAGUCAUUCUUUUAUUUACUGUUUAUUUCAGAGUCUUUUAUAAAUGAAUAAUGGAAUUUUCUUGUAAGCCUAGCAAUA